ACAACGUCCUUCCAGGCUGAUGAAACCAUAGAAGGCGAGGAGGGGUUGCUGUACCUGACAAGGCGCCACAAGGGGCUGGCAGUGAACGCUUGUGCCUAUGCCAUCUUCUUCUGCAGACUUCUCCAGGCCCUCAGACCAAGCGGGACCGAGGAGGCCUUGCCGACUUCCCUGGUGGGCAGCCACCGCCUGAAGGUUGGCAUUAUCGGCGGGGGCCACCUCGGGAAGCAGCUGGCCCGAGUGCUGCUGGCGCUGGGCCGGGCUCCGCGCCCUUCUAUCCGCAUUUCCACCUGGCGCCCCGAGAGCCUGGCAGACCCGCAGGAGCAGGGCCUCGCCUGCCUCUACGACAACGCGCAGCUGGCGGCCUGGGCAGACGUCCUGUUCCUCUGCUGCCUGCCGUCACACGUGGCGUCCGUCUGCUCCGCUGUGCGGACGGCCAUCCGGAAACCCUGCGUGGUGUACAGCCUCGUCACUGCGGUCCCUCUGCCCAGGUUGAAGCAACUCCUUUGCUACAAUGCCAUCGUGAGGCCACAGUACCAAUGCUCUGGCAAGGAGCCUACGAAGGAGUGGGGGAUGAAGGGGACAGUCACAGCAGCGCUGCAAGACCUUGCUGUUGUGCAGGCAACAUGCCCCCUCAGCUCCCAGGGGAAAAUUAGAGUCAAUGGCAAAUGGCUGGUGGGCAUUUUCUAUGCAGCCCUGAACAGCAGCAUGUGGCAGAGCCUGCCUCACCAGAAGGCAUUGAAAUUGCUCAAUGACCUCUGUUUUCCUGCACACUGCCCCAUCUGUGCCGAGCAGAAAGCUUCCUGCCCACGGUUUGAGUGCGAGAGUUUUGUCAGCAAAAAAUUUGCCUCUUCAAUGACUCAAGAGGAAACCUUCCCCUGGUUUGACCUGACAGAUGCACAGCUGUGAGAGUCUCCCUUUAGCCAGCUGCUAGAAAAGAGUGAGUUUCUUCAGCAGCAUCUUGCUCUGCUAUACCAGGCAUCUUUUGGAGACUGGCCUACAAAGCAGUGUGGGCUGAUCAGCACCAAGAC